UGUCAGGCUGUCCAUACAUACAUGACAUACAUUUUCCAAUGUUUUGAUGUCCAGCAUUGUCAUUGACUUCGAGGUUCUGCCUGAGGAAGGGCCUUCUGAUCCAACUGCAGCGCAGGUGUGUGAAGAUCUGAAACGACAGCUGCAGGACAGAAACAGCGACUUGCGUCGAGGUGAAUUCGGAAGGUUUGCGGAAAACGCCUCCUUGAGUGUUGAUGGCAAUGUGGUUGCUCGUGCCAGCGAAAGCCCGGCAGAGGUGCCCUCAGCCGGGGAGGUUGUGUACCCGAGCAGUGGCACAUUUGAGCCGACAUUCACCUCACAGGACCACCAGCUGCAGCCCAUACAGGGUGCUGCUCCACUUGACCCGACAGGAUGGGAGAACCUGUCCAAUUCUGAGCUGCUCCAAAGCAUUGCUCAGCGCGAACGUCAAAUUGUGCGCACUGCGAUUGGAGGUUUGGGAACUGACGUGCCUCCAUCGACCAGGGGAGUUGCUGCGGAUGUGGAUGCCCUCGAAUCUCGUUGCGCACAUCUAAGCCAGCGACUGGAGGUGGCUGAACAAGACCUUCGCAAUGAAAAGGAGGCGGGUAGAGCCAACAAACUCAGAGUUGAACAGCUCGAGUUGAAGUUGAAGGAUAGAGAGCAGCUGUUGGGGCAUGCAAAGGAAAUGUGGAUGAAGGAAAAUGUGAGGGCUUCAAAGCUUGCGGACACUUUGACCGCUGUGGAAGACAAGUUGGCAGAUCAGGAGAAACGCUUGGCUGAUGUAUCUGCUAGAUAUGCUGAAGCGCAGCAGGAGGUGAGACAGCUACAACAUUUGCUUGGGACCGGUCUUGGACCUGAAGGAGGUAUCGCCUUUGCCGGUGAUGGCUUCGACAGGGGUGCCCGCAAUGGACACUCAAAGGUGGACGACUCCAUGAUGGUCGGAAGGCAUUGUGUGCAAACAGGCUUUUGGUCAGCAUUUUUUCUAUUCGCCAGUGCCGGUGGCGACUCGAGCAUGCAUUCACCUCAAAGAACAUUGGGUGCAACGCGAGUGCCGCAGACUGAGAAUGACACCAACACAGAGCGAUUCAGGCGGCUUUGCCUCAUGGAUGACGCUGUUUUGUAUGAAGACGAGUUGCUACAGAUUGGUGUCAAAGCCGAAUACAGCGGUCUUGAAGGUCAGGUGGCGGUGUUCUAUGGCAACAAAGGCAAUGCAGCAUUGCAGAGCUUCGUAGCCCAAUAUUUGGUUCGCGAGGAGCACGCAUUGAAAGUGGUGGCGUCCCCUCUCAAUCAGCAUUUGGAAGCAGACCAGCAAAUUGUGCAGCGUUUGCAGGUUACAAUGCUUGAGCCAUUUGGAGAACCUCCCUGGCUGCGGCUUCAAUUUCUGUUGCCGGAUGCAAGUCCAAGAAGGAUACAGCUCAAGUUCCCCAUCAUUCUGCCAAAGUUUAUGGUUGGGAGGCAGCUUUCUCAGCAGGACUUUUUUCGGUACUGGAGGCAGCAGCAUUUCGUUCUCAAUGAGGUGACGUGCGUUGUACACCUGGCAGAGCGGCUCCGUGGCCCGAUGGUCAAUAUCGCCAGGUCCAUAGCUUUUGGCGGAGCCUUCAGAUUGCAUCAUGGGGUCGACAGCAAUGCGGACAAUUUCGUUUUGGUCUCUUCCUUGGCAGAUGGGCAGAUUGAUUUGCAAGGAAAAGACACUGAUGCUCUUUCCCUGAUGCGGGUUGAGGUUGGAAGCGGCCGAUUUGCGGGCAAAGCGAGAGUAGUGGUUCGAAGCAGCAGCCACGUGGUGGCAAAGGCACUUUGCGAUUGCUUGGUGACUCAGCUUGCUGAGCCACAAGCAUUUGUGCCUCAUUCAUGCUCAAUUCCGGCACGGUGAGAAACACCAGUCAGAAGUUGUUAGAAACGAACUGGUUCGGAGCUUGAGACUGAGUAUGUGGCGAAAUGUGCCCCAUAAUGACGCGUCAAAAACCUCGCCGCUGAGUUCUGCGCAAGUGAGUCCCAAAAAUGCCUCUCAAAGACAGCGGCCCGCUGCAUGGCUGAGAAGUGCAAAUACC